AUGCUAUGUAUGUUCCACCAUGCCGAUGUACCCUCCGAUACUGUCGCCGCUUAUUUUGGAAAGAAGUGUCAGUGCACGCACCCGGCCUCCGCGUCAAAUACAGGACUCUUAUCAUUUGCCCUGGCGGACCAAAUAUCUACAAGUGAUAAUGUGGAUUUUGUUCGACCCAUGGAGUAUUCUGCUGAAAGUUGCUGACUUGU